UAGGGGCAAGCUGUCUUAGAACAUCUAGACUGCAAAACUGAAACCAUACAAGACAUUUAAUAGCUGGUUGGUGGUAGGCUGAGGUGUUGGUGGUUUGUUUAAGUGCUAAGUUAUAUUAAAAUACACUUCUGCCUUCCAAAGUGCUACAUUUCAAAACUUCAAGACAUCUUUAAGAUCAGUCAUUUGUUGAAAUUCCUGCAAAACAUUCUUAACAUCUUUUUUUUUCUGUCAUCUAUAGGAGAAAUAUAAUUACAAAUGUCUCCAUCUGCCAUCUCUACUGUCCUCCUGCUGCUUUUUGUAAUGUUUGUGGAUGAAGCCAGUUUGACUCCACACAUGUAUAAAAAUUCCUAUGAUGAUGAUUAUAGUGGGUGCCAAGGAGAAAGAGAUAAGGAAGUUAGAGGGCAUUACUUGAAUUAUGAGCUGAGUAACAACAGAUACCUGAGACUAGCCUGGAAUGAAUCGAUCAAUCACUGGCACUCAGGCAUCCCAUCUGGUUUGGACAAAUAUACCGCCCUGGCUGUUACGGCGUACACAACAAGUAGAAUCUAUCUUGAGCUGAACAAAGCGGUGCAAUCUGGUGUGGAUUCGGUGACAAAGAAGUACUACAGGUCCGUCCAUUUCCUGCUCACCAAGGCCAUCCAGACCCUCAAUGAAAGAAACUGCAUCAGGGUUUACAGAGGAAUUAGAGUAGAGAUACGGCCCAAUGUAAGUGACGCUUUCCGCUUUGGAAGAUUUGCAUCAACAUCUACAAAUAUUACAGUAGCAAGAAGAUUUGGCAAAGGAACAUUUUUCAGUAUCAAAACAUGCCAUGGGGCAGACAUUUCGAAAUUUUCUUUUUAUAAAAAGGAAUCUGAAGUGCUUAUCCCACCCUACGAAGAGUUUAUUGUCACAGAAGUUAAUGGCAAAGACGUUACUCUUGAAUCAAGGAAGAUUACUGUGUACAAAAGAUGUGCGCCUCUGCCUGAGCCUAGGAAGACACUGGCCUUUAUGACGUGGUACUCACAGCAUCGUUCAGCAGGCCUGACCUGGAGGCGCGCCCGUCCCAUCGCCAGAGGCAAAUCAAAGGUACCUGCCAAAGGCAAAGUUAAAAUCCUCGCUUGAAAUGCAUUCCCACAAUUCAGCAAUUAAAACAGGCUCAUCUAAGAGGAGUGUAACGUCACCAAAUUCUGGCUGAAUCCCAGCAAUGGCACUUCAACUAUCCAGUAUAAGUUCCACAUUUACAGUAUUUACAAUAUAUGGGCUUGUAAUGAGGGCUUUAAAAUGAUACAUUUAAAAAAUGAUGAAACAGAAUAAACAAAUGUGUGUCAGAAAUGAUCAAGGUUUUUUAUACAGUAAGCUUUCUUGUUGUUUUAAUGAAAUUUCUCUCUAAUGAUGUAUCCUGCUUUCCGCUUUUUAAGUAGAUUGCUUUUCACAGGGACUAGCUUCAAUAAUGUUGGAUAAUGUGCGUUUUGAUUUUAAUCAUUCAGUAGAGAUGGUGGUCCAAAAUAAAGAGAAACCUGUGCUUAUUCAUAAAGAGCUGCUUCUUGUUAUGGCCCUCAGUGUCACACACUUUUUCAAGUUGUUGUUAUGAACUCUGCCUCGUCUGAUACAAGUUGCUUCUAAAUUAUCACAUAAGGCACUUUGUUUCCUUUGAGCACGGUGUUUUUCCAGAAGUAAUAUCAUCAAACUCAUUGCUCCUUCUUUUCCUAUCCACUGACCAUUCGAAAUGGAGUCUGUGAAUAAAGGAGGUUAAUGGAAAUAAAACUGGGAGACACUGGAGUCUUCAUUCAAACCAGCGAACAUGACUCUCAUUUUAACAGAACUAAAAAUCAGUCUUAAAUCCUUCCACUGGCACCAACUGAAGGAGUUUACCAAAAUCAAAUAUGUUUAUUUCUUUAUCUGUCACAAGCAAGGAUUUGUAUUUGUCACACACACAGACAGACCACAGUUACAAAGCUCGUGUACUGUAUAUGUGUGUGCAGCUCGCUUACAGACACGCCUUUUUAAAAUAAUAUUUCUGACCU